UACGUCCGUUGACCGUUGGGCGCUCAGAGCUUCUAGGUUGAGCGUUCCAAUUUCUCCCAUUCCUUUAAAUAGAAGUGGUGCGUCUCUGCUAAAUCAUCUCUGGCACCAACUUCCGCCGUGUGCUUACAUUUGAAAAUUCUGCACACAUUUGCAGAAAUGUCCACACUCUUCCCGUCUCUGUUUCCGCGUGUUACCGAGUCUCUGUGGUUUAAUCUGGAUCGUCCGUGUGUGGAUGAAACUGAGCUACACCAGCAGGAGCAGCAGCACCAGACAUGGUUGCAGAAUAUCGCAGAGAAGGACAAUAACCUGAUGCCCAUCGGACGGCCCAUCUUUGAGACCUUUGAUGAGGAAGAGGAGGAAGAUGAUGAAGAUGAGGAGGACAGUGAGGAAGACUCAGAGGACGAUGAAGACAUGCAGGACAUGGACGACAUGAACAUCUAUAACGAGUUUCCUGACGAUGGAGAAAUCAAUGAGGUGAAUGAUGUGAGUGUCACUCACUGACAGGUCGACAUGGAAGGAGCCGAUCAAGACCAGGACCAGUGGAUGAUCUAGACCUCAUCAAUCCAUCAUCAAAAGUCUGUUUGUUUUGUUGUUGUUGUUGUUGUUGUUGUUGUCAGAAGCAUGAAGAUGGACUAGACAGUGUUUGUGACAGAAAGAGAAACAGCUGCCACCGUUUGACUUCUGUGUGCUAGAAAACACAGUGCGCAACUGAAAUAAACUGUAUAUGUGUCAUUGCAUUUUCAGGUCUGGCCAGAAGAAACACACACACACACAUAUUCAUUUCAUAUUCACAGACUAUAGGAGGAGUGUUAUGAAGCGUUAUGCAUUUAGAGGCCAGCGAUCUUCGCACGUUGUAAUGCACAUUAUCUUUCCUGGUAAAAUCAUCCUGGGAAAUGGAUUAUAACUGACUUACCCCGCAGUGAAAAUACAUCACCCGUCACUGGAAUUAGAGCAUCGAUAAGAAACGUCUGUUAAAUGACAAGUAACAACGGGAACUUCAGGUUAAACUUUGUGCCUCAAUGACUGUUUAAUGUAUUUGUGCUGUUUGUAUCAUAAUUCUUUUUACUUGUUUGGAUUAAUUAUAAUUGUAAAUAAACAAAUUUAUAGUCAGUUA